UUAUAAUGUGGUCACCAAUCACCAUUAUAUAAAUUCAAGAAAAUGUCGCAAAGGGAAGGGAAAUCUACAUAUAAUGGCCUUGAUAAAUCGCGGAAAAUCUCAUCAUCCCGUUCUUCAGUCGAUCAUCAGGGGUGAUCAAUCACCUUAUGUGACGUAGAAGCUGGUAAGACCUUUAAAGUACCACAAGUCUUUGCGUGAAAACUUGUCCCGGGCCCCUUGCCACUAGAAACACCCCUACGUGAUUAUAUUACAAAUACAAUGUCAAAUCUUUCUAUACUUCUCGUAGCGCUUCACUGUGCGGUUUACAUUUAUUCUCAAAUCAGUGUCGUGGAUUCAAGACCGCCAGACUACCAACCGUCCAGACCGUUCACUGACCACGCGACAGAAGCGACAAGAGCUGUGACAGAAUAUAAAGAAAAUCUUCAAAGACAACUCGUGCCCAUUCUGAGGAGAAAGUUCAACCGUCUUCCAGGAGUAUGCAGACGUCUGAAGAGGAGGAGGAUAACAGUUCUGUGUAACACAGCAAAGUUCUGUUCUGAUAUGACAUAUCUUCAGCAUGGCCACAUCUGCUCCUGUCCAAAAGGAUCAAAGUGCACUCAUUUCUUUUUAUGGAGUUUGUGACCUCUCUUUUUUUUCUUUCAUCAAACAAUACAUUAUAUUCCAUCAUAACAGAAUCACAAAACAACAAACAAACUAGGGCAGACAAUUUAUUUUUCCCAUUUAUUCCUCAGUUCAUUAUCAACAAAGGACAGGAAAUGUCACUAAUCUUUCAUAUAAAGACACCAAUCAACCUUUAACAAAAAGGCAUUAUUCCAUCAAACCAAUCAUAGUGUAAAUUAACUUAUAGGGAACAGUUAGAAAUGUACCUUUGUACCCAAAACCAGGGGAGUAAAGUCUUUCUGAAGAUGAUGGCACAAAAUAUCACUAUCACCUUCAAUAAAUGAGAAGCAGAUGCAUUAUUGAAUUUUGCUGAGAAGUGCUUAAAAAAUGUAAAUAAAAAAAAACAAAUAAAAAGUGUUGAUUUCAA